AACUUCGAGCGGAUUGGACGCGUCGCGGACGAUAUUUCGCGUCGCUGUCUUGUUUCAUUUCAAACAAAUGGCCGCCGACGCGUGUGCAUAGUAAAAGAAAAAGUAUUAAAUGUUUUUUGUAAUAGUGCGUCGCAGAUUGAUCAAUUUAUGCAAGCCACUGGUUGCGUUUAAUUUUUAUUACUUGAAUAUAGUUUGCCGUGAAACAGCGGUAAAAUACAAAGCUGUUUCCAUACAUGUGCACUAUUGUAUGAGUGUUGGAGUCAUUUUAUGUGCGUGUGGGUUAGUGUCCGACAAAGUGCAUGUGCACGGAAAUCAAAGUGCCGCAAACGCUAAACGCGUAAAACAGAUGAAAUAAUAUAUUUGAAUGUCUGUGUGUAAAUUGCGAGCACAAAAAGCAGCUAAAUGUGCUAAAAUUAAAGUAUACAACAAGCAACUAGCAGGUAUCGAAACACAUACAAACACACUCACGCACACUUAUAUGCAGGAAGAAGAAAAAACCCCGACGGCGAAUGCAGUGCGUGCAAUUGUGUGUGUGUGAGGGCGACAAAUUCGCCCUGUGUAUGUACGAGUAAAAGAAAAGAAGAAGCAAAUCUGCGUUUUGUGUUUGCUUUUGCGUUUGAAUUUGCGCUUUACAUGUGCUGUGGGGUUCAAAUUCCAAUUGGAAUUUGCAAGUUGCGCAUGCGUUGCCGCAUUGAAAAAAUCUCGUGUAGUGUAUUUAUAGUGAGUGUGUGUUUGUAAAAUAAAUCAUUCAGAAAACUCAGCGAAGCUGGCUAAACAGCAACAACCAAGAAGAAAGUGAAUUGAAAGGCAUCCGACAACAUUUGCUUUGGAGUGGAGCCAGCAACAACUGCAGCCGCAACAGCAACAACCACGUUUUGGUCACUUUUCACACUUGGAGUUAAUUGAAAUUAACGAUUAAAUUGUGAUUUUCUUUUUAUCAAAAAAACAUUUUGCAUAAAAAGCAAACGAACGGAAAAACGAGCUAAAAAUCCCGCCAGGAACUGGAACUGACUCCAAAAAAUAAGAUAAAACGUAAAGGUCGAAGCAGCACAGCGGAACGCUUGGCAUGAAACGAAUGGAACGCCCAGCGAUGGCAGACAUGCAAAUUUAUGCAUUUUGAAGUACAACAACACGAAAGGCAACAAAAGCAACAACAGCAACAACAACAACAACGAAAACGAAACACGAUUUAAAGCAGAUUUUAAGCAAAUUAAUUAAAUUAACAUAGACAUGGAAAUCGGAACCAAAAACAAUUAGCGCCACAGCAUGGAAGCUGCCACAGAAACGCGAAGUCGAACUGACGUGGAUGAGGUGGCGAUAGGCGCAGAGCCGGUGGCGGUGGCGGUGGCAAUGGGCGUGGCCGUGGCCACAGAGGAGACGUCAUUUAGCAACCAAGAGACUGAUAAAGCGGCCAUCACAAUGCAGUGCAGCAACGGAAGCACUGACAUAACUAAAGCAACAAUAAGAGUGGAGGAUGUGGUUGCAUUUGUCAUGCCAGCAUUAGGCACCACACGCACCACCAAAUCGGCAACGAAAUCUGCGAGCAGCAGUCGCAGCAGCUCGCUAAGAAAACAGAAGCAAAAGCUAAACAUGUUGGAUGUGAUUGGAUGUGGUGUUGGUGGCGUCGGUGGUGCGGGCGUGGGCGUGGAUGGAUGUGGUGUGGCCGGUGGGGCUGCCAGCAAUGAUAUGAAAAUAUCACAAUCGAUGACCUCGUUACCAGCGGAUGAGCUGCAGCAGGAGCGGCGUGAUGUCAUACAAGCCAAGCUUCAUCUGGAGCGACCCUACAACAGCCUCAAGAAAAACUCACAGAGCAGCAGCAAGUGCUCCAGCAGCGGCAGCAACAACAAAAUGCACCGUUACUCUUGGGGCAGCGGGCACAGCCACAGCAGCUCGACCAGUCUGCACAGUAGCGCCACCUUGGGGCUUGGCUCGUCGGGCAAAGACGACCUCUGGGCGGCCAUACAAACGAACUAUAAUUAUAUUAUGGACACAAACCUGCUCGAUACGUGCAAAGAGGCGCGGUUUGAGAUUGAGGAGGCACAGCCAACAUCACGCGAGUCCAAAUUUACAGGCAGUCAAUUACAUAUUUUGGAUGAAACACAGCGCCCGGAAGGCUUGUGUGAGGAUCCUAAGGAACUGCGUCGCUGGCUACGCGACAUGGAAAAUAAAUUGGAAAAUGCGCCAACUAUAUCGGAACUGACGCUGUAUUGUAAUUCGGAGUUGCAGCGCCAUCUUGCAGCACACUCGGUGUUGUACCAUGAAAUUGUAUCACACGCUCGAGUUGUAAGCGCUUGCAUACGUGCCGCCUCCGAAAAGGAACGCGACCAAUCGCAGUCACAGUCGCAGUCACAAUUACAGUCACAGUCACAGUCACAGCAGCCUGCUUCCUUAACCAGCAACUGCUCCAGCGAAUCGACCAGCGACUCGGCGGCGACCAAAUCGCAUAGUCUUAGCAGCGGCUUUGCCUCUGAUGCAGCACAAUUGACCACGCCCAGCACCGGAGUUUCGACUGGGCCUGGAGUUGUCGCAGCUGGCGGCAGCAGCAACAACAGCAACAGCAACAGCAACAUUACAGCCCAUCCAAGAAAGGGUGAAGGCAAUUUGGAACGCUUGCGCGAUCGUUAUCAUCUGAUCUACUUGAAGGCCUUUGAGCUACAGCUGUGCCUGGAUAAUUUACUGCGCAAACGCAGCUCUACAGCGAACGGCUUGGAUGAGGACGACGACGACACCGAAGACGAUUCAUUUGGCUACGAAGGCGAAGACGGCGAAGGCGACGCAGCCACCGAGGACGACCUGAACGAGGUUGUUUCCGAUUUGGAUUUGGAGUGCGAGAGCGCGCCCAGCCACAACUCGACGGAGUUGCUGCAGCGCUGUCAACUAUCUGCCACCGAGAUUGUCGUUGCCAGCGUUCAGGCCGAGGAUCAGUCACGCGAUUGUAUCGCAACCCAAAAGCCUGGUGACGAGGCGGACGAAGAAGACGACGACGACGCCGACGUUGUUGACUUUGUGAUUGCCAAGCGCGCCUGGCGUCCGGGCAAAAGUAACCACCACAACCACCUCAGCCACAACAGCAACUCGGCAGCUGCAGCAGCGACGCUCACCGACUUUGAGGCUGACUCCGAGAGCAGCGAUCUGGAGCAGGUGCAGCAGUUGAGGCGAGGCGGAGGAGGCGUUGGCGCCUGCUGUAGCAGCAGCUUUGGAGGUAACUCCAUCAAUCAGCGUUUGGCACAGCUCGCUGUGGGUCAUGUGAAUAUGUCGCACGCCAUCAACAGCAGCAACAGCAUCAACGGCAACAACAGCGGCAACGGAAGCAGCUCAACGCCCAACUUAACGAAUUUGUCGCUGUUGCAGACGCGACACGGCAACAAGAUGCUGCCGCCCCAAUGCCACAGCAGCCACAACGGCAAGUCGAAGAGCAUUGCCGUCGCUGUGAUUACGCCCAAUACUCAUCAUACUAAUGGGCAUCAUAAUGCCCAUGGUCAUGGUCAUGGUCAUGCGCACGAUCUGAACAAGUCGCCAACUGUGCUGAGAAAGUCGCAAAUGCAUCGCAGUCAUAAUGACACCUCCAAGUUCAAUCGAUCCAAUCGCAAGUCCAAGAAUUGCGCCAUUUUCUACUUCAAGCACUUGGAUACGGACAAUGAGACGAGCGGCGCCGGCACCGAUCCAGCUGGAGAGGAUCAUGAGGUGGAACGUGCCAGCGAAAUACUGAAAUCGGCUGAUGCCUCAUCGGAUGACGACGACGAGGGUUGGCUCUACACGGCAGCAACAGGCGCAGCAGCAACGGUUACUGUUACUGCUGCGGCAGCAACAUCUACUGUCGAUGGUCUGCAGUCGGCUGCCAUCUCAUCGACAACGUCUGGCGCCGUUGCCGGAGUCAGCGACGACUCUGAUAAGGAGAACAAGGAGACGCUGUUGACCACGUCGGCAACCGCAACCUCAACAUCAACAGCAACGCCAACAACAAUAAUAGCAACUGUUGGCAACGCAACUGUUGUUGCUGUUGGCGGCAGCAGCAGCAACUACGACAGCAGCAGCGCCUGCUCCUCGUCCAAUUCGAACGGUGUCCACACGGAGACCUCGACCACCUCACGGGUUACCCAAAUGCAGCGCAACAUUGUCGACAUGGACAUUCAGUUUGAAAUCAAUGGCAGCGCCAGCGAUGGCAGCAACAGCAACAUGAGACACAUCAUUAGCAACAAUUGCUACAAACAAAUGCAAUGCGACAGUGAGAACAACAACACCAGUCAGAAGCAGCAGCAGCAGCAGCAACUGCAGUCGCGCUUCGACUCUAAACAGCAGCAACAGCAACAGCAACAGCAACUGAAGCGGAAUCUAGAGAACGCGGCUGAGGCAUCUGUUGCUGAUAACACAAAUGGAAAUGCAGCACAGCUGCUCUGCCACAACAACAACAACAGCAGUUACUAUAGUCGUGCGGACAUCUGCAACAUCAGCGUUUGGCCCAGCGACAUGAGCAAUGGGAAUUCCAGUCCAACUGCCCAGCAGAAUGGAGUCAAUCGUCUGCCGCCUCGCUCGCCCGCCAAGUCGGCCAAAUCCAGCAAAUCGCAGGCGAGCAGCAGCAAUGCGACUAUGUCACCAACUAAGGGCAAGGUCUCGCAUGAUUCAAUCAAGCAGCUUGUGCUCGAAGCGGAGCAUUUGGUGCGCGACGCUCAGGAGUCAUCGUUGAAGACGCCAACGAAGCAGAAACAUUCCAUCAUCAAAAUCUCGUCGACGGUCAAGAAACGUGAACUCCAAAUGCCCGGACCCAUUAAGCAGCGCGUUGAGGAGUGGCUGGAACAUCAGCCGUCUACACCACAGCUGCUCACUCGCAGUCAUCUCGAGGUGCCCAGCAAGCCGGAUGACUGCGAAGCUUCGGGCGAGGCAAGUGAAACGGAUUCCAUGCCACAGACAAAUCUUGCUUGCGGCGCCAACUCGGACUCCUCGGAGGGCUUCACCGACUCCAUUGCCACCUGCAUGCAGACGAGCACCAAUUCGUAUGGCAAUUCGACGGAACGCAUAGGCGGCUCUGCUGAGCCCAUUCAUCAGCCAGCCACGCCGCUUGGCUUUGGCAGCAGCAAUCAGAGUUUGAAUGUGAAGAUCGUAAAGCGCACGCAGACGCGUCGCAAGUCGGAGCGUCCAUGGAGCGUCUCCUGCCUGUCGCAGCUGACCACCGAUGCCGCCCAGCUGACCACAGCGAUUGCAGCUGCUGGUCAGAGCUCGCCAGGCACGGGUCUGGCCAGUCAUUCGAUCAGCGAGAGCGCCUUGGACUCGCUGUCGCCAGGUCCACGAGCACGCGCUGCCUCCUCCUCGGGCACGGGCAGUAACGCAGCCAGGAAGGCGGAUAGCAAGGGUUCGCUGCGUCGCCGCAGAGCACGCAAGAAGCGCAUGUCCGCCGCCUCGGCAGGCAAGAAGUCAGACUCCGGGUCGGAGACCCACGGCGAUCUGACCCAAACGCUGAUGAAAUCUUGCGAAUCGAUGUCCUCGCAGCAGCUGCAGGAGUUCACGAAUGCAUUGCUGAGCAUACAGAAGGUCAGUCCCAGCAAGGACGAAGCCACACCCGAGGCCGACUCCGAGUCACAGCUCAUGGUGCCCAAAUUCCGUGUCGGCUCCUUCACCACAGCGGCUCUGAGGGCCAGCGAGAUACGCCUGGGUGCACUCGCAGCGCUCUCCAACUACAUGCACGAGGAUGAGCAGCAAGCAGAGCUGAGCACUGAGGAGCAUCACAGCAGCAUCUCGGAGACUGCCUGGGAUAACUAUCAAGAGAAAUACAACUCGGAGAACUAUUCGGAGGGCUUCGACUCGGAUGCAGCGCGUCGUCUGUUGGAAUUUGGCGAUGACUAUCGCAAUUUCAUUGACUCGCAGUCAGAUUGCUGCAGUUCGCUGUCGGCAGCCAACAACUUGGAUUCGUUUUCGCCUCCGCGCAUGGACUCGCUGCAGCAGCACGAGCUGAAGGCGCUGCACAUUACCCAGGAGACAAUCAGCAGCAGCGUCGAUCACGCGCGCCGUCAACGCGCACUCGAGCUGCAGUACGAGCGACGUCGCAAGACGCUCGAAGUGCGCCGCAAAUCCUGUCAAGACAUGGCCGAUGCAGUUGGCUCACAGCAGGAGCAGCAGCAGCAGCAACGGCAGCUGCAGCAUCAUGCAACCACUGCAAAUCUUUCCUCCUCGGCCACGGCGCUGAUGACACCCAAGAACUCGUCGUCUGCCCAGCUGCCCGCACGCACCGAAUCGGUGGGUCGUAAACUGGAAUUCGGUGGUUCGAUGAGCCACUCAGCUCAGUCGCUGCUGCGUCGCACCUCGGAGAGCGACACCUCGACCAGACGCCGUCGCACCGUGACAACCGAUGAGCGCCGACGCUCCUCACGCAAUCUGGAGAAGUCCAUCAAGGCCAUUCCGGCCACCUCCUCGUCGAGCGGCGAUGAUUCCGAGGAUGGCGAGCAGGAGAUGCGUUCGCUGUUGCAACAGAGCAAGGACAGGCUCGAGGAUACACGCGCCCUCAAGAUACGCUGUCACCUGCUAAGACCAGAAGAUUAUAACGAGAUAAUAAACACUUGCCGUGACAACAUACGCUGCUUGGAGGCUGUGCUGAGGGGUCCGCCUGGCACAGUGCUAUCGACUCAGUGCGCCGGCCAGACAAAAGAUCUGUUGGCCAACUGGGAGGAUUUGCUCAACUGGAGCGAGAAUGCGGCCAGCGCACGCAAGCUGCAGCAGGAGAUGAGCGCGCUGAAGCACACGCUGAGCCGCCUGGGCGAUCCGUCCACACCGCAGCUGCUCGACACAGAGCCGGCCAUACAGGUGGCCAUAGAGGCCUUGAAGCACGAGCAGACGCAGCUGAGCAGCUGCCGCACCAACAUGCUGCGCCUGAAUGCCUCCGUGCAUAGCUGGCUGACACGCCAGGAGCGGCGUCUGCAGCAGGAGCAGCUCCAACAGGAGUCCGAACAACUACAACAGAAGGAGAAGAAGCUGCAGCAGCAGCAACUGGAGCAGCAGCAGCUGGAGCUGGAGCCUGCUGCAGGAGUGGCCAUCACUGUCACAGACAGCAAUGGCAACCAGGUGAUGGAAGCCUCGACUGGCACCUGUGAUGUGUCCAGUCUGAUCAGCGCAGAGCAGGAGUUCCACAAGUAUCUCAAGGAUGAGGUCAGCGAUAUGUACAGCGCCUGGGAUGAGGCAGAUGCCAGAAUCAACUCGCAGCUGGAGAUGCUCACGAAUUCGCUGAUUGCCUGGCGUCAGCUCGAGUGUGGCUUGAGCGAGUUCCAGCUGGCGUUGGGCCAGGAUCGCGGCACACUCAAGGGAUUGGAGGGUGCUCUGGAUAAGGGACAGGCCACGCCUGUGGAGCUGGCACAGAAUGUCAAGCUGGUGGCCAAGUUGCUCUCAGAGAAGGUCAACGUUAGCCAGGAGCAACUGCUCGCCGUGCAACAGCACCUGGAUCCCAAUCACAUCUAUCACAUUGCCAAGUUCACUGCGUCCAAUGGCUCGUUGUCCGAUUCGGGCAUCUCGGACGGUGGUGCCACCUCCGAUGGCGGCUUGUCCGAGCGUGAGCGACGUCUGGGUGUGCUGCGUCGUCUGGCCAAGCAGCUAGAGUUGGCUCUAGCGCCAGGCAGCGCCGCAAUGCGUUCGAUUGCAGAGCGCAUGGAGAGCGCCGAGGCGGAGCUGAAGCAACUGCAGAAUACGUGCAGGGACCUGAUUGUGCGCACAGCUGCCUCGCAUCAGCAGAAGCAGCAGGAGAAGCUAAGGGAGCAGAAGGAGCACAAGGAGGAGCAGAAGCAGCCGCUGGCCAAUGGCCAUGCCAAGCAGCUGGCGGCCAAGUCAGUCACGCAAUCGCCCAAACGUCGCAACUGUCGUAAGUCUCGUCAAGCUGCCCAGAAGCCGGAGGAAAAGUCGGAAAAGCUUCCUCUUGGCAAGGAUCAGGAGCAGCAGGUUGUGGAGCAAAUGCAGCGCAUUGUCGCCGCUGGUGGCGGCGGCGACGAGCCACCCGAAGACCCAGCCACCAUGCUGGACAGCUCGGAGGAUGAAGACGAUGCCGUCUCCAAGGCCAAGCCUCGCGGCUGGGCGUGGCGCAUCGCGCGUGCUGCUGUGCCCAUGCAGCUGGCGCUGUUCACGUUCUUCUGUGCUGCGUGCAUGAUGCAGCCCAAUUGCUGCGAUAAUCUGAACAAUCUGUCCAUGAGUUUCACGCCUCAGUUGCGCUACAUACGCGGGCCGCCUCCAAUUUGAGCGCCGAAAGUCGCGCGCGAUUCACGAAACGCGCGCGCGCGCGAUCUUAUGUAGGCAACAAAUAAUUUACUUAAGACGAGUAUCGUUAAGCAAUCUAACAGCCAGUUAGGUGCCAGUCGGGCAACAUAUAGAUACGUAUACAGAUCCCGAUUUGCAGUCGACCUCGCCAUGAGGCGACCACAGCGCGUUUUGCGCGCGUUUCGUGCGCGACUCGAGCGCGUUUUGCAUGCGCGCUUCGAAGAGCAACUCCAUAUAAACAUUUUCUUGUGUGUGUUUGUUUGUUUGUCUUUUAUGGAAAUGGAGGCACUUAAUUUCUAAUUUUUUAAAUGUUUAAUUGAAGUGGAAAACAACGCGAGUUAUGCUUAAGAUAUACCCUACAUAGAUUUUGAUUUCAUGGAUCGUUUCGUAUAUUUAUCUUAAGAGUUCAAUUGCGGUUCUUGCAAACAUUUAUAGAUUUUUUUUACGAGAAAGCCUUUAAAAUUAAGUGCGAAAACAAGUUUAAGCUCAAGUUUAGCAAGUAGAGAGUUGGAGGAGGAAAAGGAAGAGAAAUUAGAGAUGAAAGAGAAGGAAGAGAAUGAAGAGAUGGA